CCAGAAACUCAGGUUCAGGGUUUCCUCCUUCCAAUUCUUCACGCCAUCGCACAGAUAAAAAUCGUCAAUUUCUUCCCUGCCUCCGCCGCCGCCGCCGCCGCCGCCGCCUCCUCCUCCCUUCUUCUCCAGACGAAGCGCCGCGGUGUUGUUGCCGGGCGUGUCCUCGGGGGAACCACGGCCCUGCCUGCGCCGGCGCUCACUCGGACGGCUCCUGCGCCGCGCCUCCGGUGGCCGCUUCUUCCUCGACUCCGGCACAAGAUUUUGCCCUUAAGUGCUGAAGCCCCAGCGUCUCACGCCAUGGCGAAGAAGAGGAAGCGCAGCUCCGAUGCUACUGCCCCUGCUGCCAUAGAGAAGCCUGAUGACUCUGCACCAGAGCGGCCGGAACGCACCCUCUUCGGGUUCAAGGACUCGGCCGCCGAGCCUGCUUCUAAGGACGAAGGGCCGUUCUUCCGGAACAAGGAGAAGGUGCUCAUUACGUGCUCCCGCCGCAUCAUCUACAGGUACCGGCAUCUGAUGCAGAACGUGGUGUCGCUGCUGCCACAUGCCAAGAAGGACAGCAAGGUUGAGUCCAAGCAGAGCAAGGGCAGUGCGCUGAAUGAGCUGGUCGAGCUCAGGAGCUGCUCCAGCUGCCUCUUUUUUGAGUGCAGAAAACAGAAAGAUCUUUACCUUUGGAUGGUCAAGUCUCCUGCAGGGCCAUCUGUGAAAUUUCUAGUCAAUGCUGUUCACACUAUGGAAGAACUGAAGCUCACCGGCAACCAUCUGAAAGGGUCCCGUCCUUUGCUAACCUUUUCUUCAAACUUUGACCAGCAGCCUCACUGGAAGCUAUUGAAGGAAAUGAUAACACAAAUUUUUGCUACACCAAAAGAUCAUCGGAAGGCGAAACCUUUUCAUGAUCAUGUGUUUGUCUUCUCCAUUGUGGAUGACCACAUUUGGUUCAGAAAUUAUCAGAUAUCUGUACCCCACAAUGAGAUUGACAAAGUUGAUAAAGGAGGCCUAGAUAAAAUGACACUUGUUGAGGUUGGCCCCAGGUUCUGUUUGAAUCCAAUCAAAAUAUUUGGUGGUAGUUUUGGUGGCCCCACAUUGUUUGAGAACCCAUUCUAUGUGUCUCCCAACCAGAUCCGCGCACUAGAGAAGAGGAAGAAGGCAGGCAAGUACGCCAAGAAGGUGAAGGCGAAGGUGAGGAGGAAGAUGCACGAGAUGGAGAACACCCUGGAGCCUGAUGAGUUUGCUGAUCUCUGGAAAGGGGAAGACUAGCAAAGCUAGUGCGGGCGCAGCAGUGACUGUACCAAUGAAUUCGAUCGGCGAACUGAUGCAUGCUGGCCAUCGCCAAGCACUGAAUUUUGCGUUCUUGUAUGACAAUCAAAGCAUAUUUUCACUAUGUAAAACAACUGGAUUCCGUUCUUGCUCGUAUCCAUAUCGCCUUGCUACUGGCUGUGUGUAUCCAUAUCGUAUCCUUGUCUUUUGUUGCAAGCAAAUGAGCAAAGCCUCGGUAAAAACUAUUGAUACGAUCUCAUGUCAUUUUCCCCUUGGAUCUGUUGGCAGGAGUAAUAUAUAUCCCCCUUAGAUGU